CCCCUCCUUUUCCAACAUGGCUGCUCUGCCUGCGCUCUCAAGUAUCGCACAGAUUGGAGACUGACUCGAUCUCUUCCUUACAGUGCCUCUUUAUUUUUGGUGUACAUCAAAUUCGUUUGGAUGCAAAUCCCGUUCUACACUUCACUGCUCCUCCUGGUUUUAUUUAGUGGAAUAACCUUCACCAAUUACUCCUUCCAGUGGGCCCUUUUAUCCUCAAAACAACUAACUGCCAGCCAAAAACUGUUUCCAGUGCAAUGGUUUGAGUUGGUGUACUUAGUUUGCCUCUUCAUGAACAAUGUGUGAAAACUGCGCCGAGCUGGUGGAGGUUUUAAAUGAAAUAUCAGAUGCAGACAGCAGUGAAGGAAGCUUUCAGCUGAAGAAGGAACAUGCUCUCCGAGUGCUGGGCUACAUCAGCUCCUGGACUCAGAGGCAAUGUCUCUGCUGCUUCAAGGAGUACAAGCAUUUGGAAGUUUUUAACCAGCUAGUCUACGCCCUCAUCAAUCUGGUCAUUGCUCAGAUCAGCAGCCUGAGAGAGAGACUCUUCAGCGUUGAGGACCACACUCACAAAAGAGGCGUAUCUGGGGCAGAGGGGGUGGGGUCUGAAUGGAGUGGAGGUGAGACCGCACCUGUCACCCUCCCCCAGCCACACUCACCUGGUGAAGACGAGCCUGUGAAUGUGGAAAGAGACUCUGCUGAAGAGGAUGCUGAUACGCCAGACCUAAACCAGAACAAGCCCCAGACCCAGGAUCAGGGCCAGAACCAGUCUGCUGAAUCUCAAGUAGAUGUUCUUGGAUCUGGGGAUGCCAGCAUUGAAUCCAGGAGUGGUGACGACGUGGCAUGUGGCAUUGAAAGUAACCAGGACAGUCAAGAUCCCUUCAGCUCCUGGAGCACGGAGGAGAGGGAGAAACUGUUGCUAUGUGCAGCCAAGAUCUUCCAGAUCCAGUUCCCGCUCUACACAGCUUACAAACACAACACACAUCCCACCAUAGAGGACAUAUCGGCUCAUGAAAGCAACAUCCUCGGCUCCUUCUGUGACAUGAAUGAUGUGGAGGUACCUUUGCAUCUGCUGCGCUACGUCUGCCUGUUCUGUGGGAAACACGGCCUCUCCCUGAUGAAGGAGUGCUUCGAGUUUGGCACUCCAGAGAGCCUCCCCUUCCCUAUCGCCCACGCCUUCAUCACCAUAGUUUCUAAUAUCCGAAUAUGGUUGCACAUUCCUGCCGUCAUGCAACACAUCAUACCGUUCCGGACCUAUGUGAUACGGUAUCUGUGUAAGCUGUCGGACCAGGAGCUGCGACAGAGCGCAGCACGCAAUAUGGCAGACCUGAUGUGGAGCACGGUGAAGGAACCACUGGACAGUGCACUGUGCUUUGAUAAGGAGAGCCUGGAUCUUGCCUUCAAAUAUUUCAUGUCACCCACUCUCACGAUGAGAUUGGCCGGACUUAGCCAAAUCACAAAUCAGCUGCACACCUUCAACGAUGUGUGUAACAACGAAUCUCUGGUGUCUGACACAGAAACGUCCAUAGCGAAGGAACUAGCCGACUGGCUGAUCCACAACAAUGUAGUGGAGCACAUAUUUGGCCCAAAUUUGCACAUUGAGAUCAUUAAACAGUGCCAAGUGAUCCUGAAUUUCUUGGCUGCAGAGGGCCGGCUCAGCACACAGCACAUAGACUGUAUCUGGGCUGCAGCUCAGUUAAAACAUUGCAGCCGCUACAUCCACGACCUUUUCCCGUCUCUCAUUAAAAACCUCGAUCCUGUGCCUCUCCGUCACGUCCUCAACCUGGUAUCAGGCCUGCAUCCGAGCACUCACACCGAGCAGACGCUGUACUUGGCCUCUAUGCUGAUUAAGGCCCUCUGGAAUAAUGCAUUGGCAGCAAAAGCCCAGCUCUCCAAACAAAGCUCCUUCGCCUCCCUGCUUAACACCAACAUCCCCAUGGGCAACAAGAAAGGUUCACCGGCCGCAAGUCCAGACAGCAGUGACAAUAGCGACACACAACACAGUGGAGGCAGCGACAUGGAGAUGGAUGACCAGAUGAUGACUGGCAGCAAGAGGAAUCAGCAAAGACUAUCUGACACAGAGGAGUCUAUGCAGGGCAGCUCAGAUGAAACUGCCAACAGCGUGGAGGAAGGCAGCAGCGGACCAGGCAGCAGCAGCGGCCGCAGCGAGGCUUCCAGCAACGAAGCCGCCUCCAGUCGAGCCAGCCAGUCAGCUGGGAGCCCAGGCAGCGAGCUGCACUCUGAUGACAUGGCAGAUAGCGAGGCCUUAAAGGAGGAGGAAGAGGAGGAGGAAGAGGAUGAAGAAGAAGACGAAGAGGAGGAGGAUGAUGACGAUGAAGAAGAUGAAGAUGAGGGUAACCGCUCAGCUGCUGAAGGUGGGCACCAAAAGGAGCCCCGGGAGCAGACUGAGUCAAGGAAAAGGAAAGCCGGGGAUGCUCUUGGUGAGGGGGCAGGGCCGAGUGGCCCAGGGGGAGGAGCCAAAUCCAAGGUUCUCCCUUUCAACCCAGAAACUUCUGCUAUUAUGGUAACGGCGGCGACAGCGUCUCUUGAGAGCCGCAUGAGAAUGCUUGACACUUGUUCAGCAUCGUCAUCUGCUCGGCCUGAUGGGACAGAGACCCAGCAGCAGCCGCCAGAUAUCAGCCCUUCUCAGAUCGUCCAAGGACCUCAGGAGCCUCCCUGUCUCCCGCGACCCGGGGACUUCCUAGGAGAGGCCAUGAGCAGUGAACUCUUCAACUGCCGUCGUUUCAUUGGCCCUCAGCACCACCACCACCAUCACCACCAUCAUCAUCACCACCACCACCAUCAUGAAGGACCUAUGGUGGAGGACAUGCUGAGUGCUGAUGACGUUAGCUGCAGCAGCUCUCAGGUCAGUGCGAAGUCAGAGAAGAACAUGGCUGAUUUUGACGGGGAGGAAUCGGGCUGUGAGGAGGAGCUCGUCCAGAUAAACUCCCAUGCUGAGCUCAGCUCCCACCUGCAGCAGCACCUUCCCAACUUGGCCUCCAUUUACCAUGAGCAUCUGGUGCAAGGUCCAGCUGUUCAUAAACAUCAGUACUCUAGCAGCCACGCUGUGACUGACAUCAACUUGGAUAAUGUUUGUAAGAAGGGCAACACUCUGCUCUGGGACCUGGUACAAGAUGAAGAUGCGAUUCAUCUCUCUGAAGGUCUUAUCAAUGAAGCUGAGAAACUGCUGUGCUCGCUGGUCUGCUGGUUCACUGACAGACAGAUUCGAAUGCGCUUUAUAGAGGGUUGCCUUGACAACUUGGCCCAUCACCGGUCAGUUGUGGUUUCCUUGCGUCUACUCCCUAAACUUUUUGGCACUUUCCAGCAAUUUGGCUCCAGCUAUGACACUCAUUGGAUCACCAUGUGGGCUGAAAAGGAGCUGCACAUGAUGAAACUGUUUUUCGACAACCUGCAACACUACAUCCAAGAAGUCAGAGAACACCGGCACAAAUUUGCACUGUACAGUCACAGUGCAGAGGUCCAGGUCCGUCUGCAGUUCCUUACCUGUGUCUUUUCCACACUGGGAUCUCCCGACCACUUCAGACUGAGUCUGGAGCAAGUGGACAUUCUGUGGCACUGUCUGGUGGAGGACGCUGAAUGUUACGAUGAUGCGUUGCACUGGUUCCUCAACCAGGUCCGCAGCAAAGACCAGCACGCUAUGGGCAUGGAGACCUACAAACAUCUCUUCCUGGAGAAGAUGCCACAGCUGAAACCAGAGACUAUCAGCAUGACAGGCCUCAACCUCUUUCAGCACCUCUGUAACCUGGCCCGGCUUGCUACUACUGCGCUGGACAACGCCUCUAGCUGUGAGCUGUGUGGGAUGGACCAGCUGUGGGGGAUCGCUCUGAGAGCUCAAUCUGCUGAUAUCAGCCGCGCUGCUAUACAGUACAUCAACUCCUACUACAUCAAUGCUGGUAAAACAGGACUGGAGAAGGAACAAGAGUUCAUAAGGAAAUGUAUGGAGAGCCUCCUGAUGGCUUCUGCCAACUUGGAGAAGGAUGCUCACUCCAGUCUGACCAGCAUUGAGAGGGGGUUGCUCAUGCUCAAAACACACCUGGAGGCGUUCCGGCGCAGGUUUGCUUACCACCUGCGACAGUGGCAGAUCGAGGGGACGGGAAUCAGCAGCCACCUUAAAGCUUUGAGUGACAAACAGUCUCUACCUCUUAGGAUCGUCUGUCAGCCCGCCGGCCUGCCUGACAAGAUGACCAUUGAGAUGUAUCCCAGUGACCAAGUAGCUGACCUGCGAGCUGAGGUGACCCACUGGUACGAGAACCUGCAGAAGGAGCAGAUGAACCACCAGGCUCAGCUGCAGGAAUUUGGCCAGAGUGGCCGGCAGCCAGGAGACUUCCCAGGUGGUUUGAUGGGACCGGUCAGGAUGAUCUCUUCUGGUCAUGAACUUACCACAGACUAUGAUGAGAAGACUCUGCAUGAGCUGGGCUUUAAAGACAUGCAGAUGGUAUUUGUGUCUCUGGGAGCUCCGCGGAGGGAGAGGAAGGGCGAGGGCAUCCAAUUGCCUGCCUCCUGUCUUCCACCUCCUCAGAAAGAGCACAUUCCUAUGCUACUGCUCCUUCAGGAGCCUCAUCUCACCACACUCUUCGACCUGCUGGAGAUGCUGGCUUGCUUCAAACCACCCAGCCCAAACACAGAGAAGGUCCAGGAGAGCCCAGAGAGCGCACGAUGCGAGGAGCUUCACCUUCACGCAGAGAAUUUGUCUCGUCGAGUUUGGGAGCUGCUCAUGCUGCUUCCCACCUGUCCCAAAAUGUUGCAGGCCUUCCAGAACAUCUCAGAUGAUACGAAUGGCGAGGGUUUGUGUUGGAAGGAGCUGCUGAGGAUUAAAAGUCCUCACAAGCUGCUGUACGCUCUAGAGAUCAUCGAGGCUCUGGGAAAGCCCAAUCGACGCAUCCACAGAGAGUCAACAGGCAGCUAUAGUGACCUGUAUCCAGACUCGGACGACUCCAGUGAGGAUCAGAUAGAAAACAGCAAAAAUACCUGGAGCUGCAAGUUUGUUUCAUCUGGAGGUUUGCAGCUGCUUUUGGAAAUUUUUAAUUCGGGCAUCCUCGAACCCAAAGACCAAGAAUCCUGGACAGUGUGGCUGCUGGACUGUCUGGCCUGCCUGCUGAAGCUGAUCUGCCAGUUUGCUGUAGACCCUGCAGACCUGGAUUUAGCCUACCACGAUGUCUUCUCCUGGUCAGGCCUCUCUGACAGCCAGCGUAAAAGGGCAUGGCCAGGCAAAUCGCGCAAAUCCACUGUAGAUCAUGGCAAAGGCCUGCACAUCCCUCGACUGACUGAAGUGUUCCUCAGCCUUGUUCAAGGCACCAACCUGAUCCAGCGACUAAUCAAUGUGGCCUACACUUACGACAACCUUGCACACAGAGUUCUGAAGGCUCAGUCUGACCACAGGUCUCGACACGAAGUGACUCACUAUUCCAUGUGGCUGCUGGUGAGCUGGGCUCACUGCUCUUCAACCGUGAAGUCCAGUCUGGCUGACAGCGACCACCUGCACGACUGGCUGAAAAAACUCACCCUUCUGAUUCCUGAGGUGAGUCUAACAUCCACAGCUCCAUCACAAGUCAUCAACAGAUCCUUCCUGCUGCUCGCCGCCUCCACACUGCUCAAGUUCCUGCCCGACGCCCAGGCCCUCAAACCACUAAGGGUCGAAGACUAUGAAGAGGAGCCUCUGUUAAGGACAGGCUGUAAGGAAUACUUCUGGCUGCUCUGCAAACUCAUCGAUAACAUCCACGUUAAAGAUGCGAGCCAGAAGGUCUCUCCCUCUCUGUCGCUGGCCGGCUCGAUGCAGACCACCCUGCUGGACCUGGAUGCUCUUGCCCGACAUCUUGCCGACUGCAUUAGGAGCCGUGAGAUCUUGGACCAACAAGAUGGAACAAUCGAAGACGACGGCCUGACAGGGCUCCUUCGUCUUGCCACCAGCGUCCUCAAACACAAGCCUCCUUUUAAGUUCUCCCGUGAGGGGCAGGAGUUUCUGAGGGAUGUCUACAACCUCCUCUUCCUCCUCCCCAGUCUGGUCGACCGUGCUCAGCCCAAGUGCAAGUCCCACGCUGCAAGGGCCGCCGCCUAUGAUCUGUUGGUGGAGACGGUGAAGGGCUCGGUAGAAAACUAUCGGCUGCUCCAUAAUUGGGUCAUGUCUCAGCACAUGCAGGGCUCUCAUGCUCCAUACAAGUGGGACUACUGGCCCCAUGACGACGUCCGGGCUGAGUGCCGCUUCGUGGGUCUGACCAACCUGGGAGCAACAUGCUACCUGGCCUCUACCAUCCAGCAGCUCUAUAUGAUCCCUGAGGCCCGCCAGGCUGUCUUCACUGCCAAGUACGCUGAAGAUAUCAAACACAAGACAACACUGCUGGAGCUGCAGAAGAUGUUCACAUAUCUCAUGGAGAGUGAGAGAAAAGCAUACAACCCCCGGCCAUUUUGUAAAACCUACACACACAGUGCCUACAUGCUCUUCUACAAGAGAGUGGAACCGGAGGACGACAAUGGGAAGGACUUUAGUUUUGAUGUCUCUCCUGAUCUACUUGAGUGGAUUUGGCACGACAACAUGCAGUUUCUGCAGGAUAAAAACAUAUUUGAACACACCUACUUUGGCUUCAUGUGGCAGCUCUGCAGCAGCAUCCCCAGCACCCUGCCAGACCCCAAAGCUGUCUCCCUCAUGACUGCCAAGCUCAGCACAUCCUUUGUCCUUGAGACUUUCAUUCACUCCAAGGAGAAGCCCACCAUGCUGCAGUGGAUUGAACUGCUGACCAAACAGUUCAACAACAGCCAGGCCGCCUGCGAGUGGUUUUUAGACCGGAUGGCUGAUGACAACUGGUGGCCGAUGCAGAUCCUAAUAAAGUGUCCCAAUCAGAUUGUCAGACAGAUGUUCCAGAGGUUGUGUAUUCACGUUAUCCAGAGGUUGCGGCCAGUUCAUGCUCAUCUCUACCUGCAGCCUGGCAUGGAGGAUGGUCAGUUCUUGUUGUCACUACAAGCCAUUUCUAUCAUGGUGCAUUUCUACAUGGGAACAAAAGGCCCUGAGAAUCCUCAGGUAGAGGUGCUGUCAGAGGAGGAAGGAGAGGAGGAGGACGAGGAAGAAGACAUCUUGUCUCUGGCUGAAGAAAAAUAUCGUCCUGCAGCUUUGGAGAAGAUGAUCGCACUCAUUGCUCUGCUGGUGGAGCAGUCUCGCUCUGAGAGACAUCUGACUCUGUCCCAGAGCGACAUGGCAGCGCUGACUGGAGGGAAGGGCUUCCCUUUCCUCUUCCAGCACAUCAGAGAUGGCAUCAACAUCAGGCAGACCUGUAACCUCAUAUUUAGCCUCUGUCGCUAUAACAACCGGCUGGCUGAACAUAUUGUGUCGAUGCUCUUCACCUCAAUUGCAAAGCUGACUCCUGAGGCUGCCAAUCCUUUCUUCAAGCUGCUAACAAUGUUGAUGGAGUUUGCGGGUGGACCUCCGGGGAUGCCUUCCUUUGCUUCCUACAUUCUCCAAAGGAUCUGGGAGGUGAUUGAGUACAAUCCAUCCCAAUGUCUGGACUGGCUGGCUGUGCAGACUCCCAGGAACAAACUGGCCCACAGCUGGGUGCUGCAGAACAUGGAGAACUGGGUCGAACGCUUCCUGCUGGCACACAACUAUCCCCGAGUCCGCACCUCUGCUGCAUACCUCCUGGUCUCCCUCAUCCCCAGCAACUCCUUUCGACAGAUGUUCCGCUCCACACGCUCCCUCCACCUGCCGACCCGUGAGCUCCCACUGUCCCCCGACACCACCGUGGUUCUCCACCAGGUCUACAACCUGUUGCUAGGGCUUCUGGGACGUGCCAAGCUGUAUGUGGAUGCCAGUGUUCAUGGUACUACCAAACUGGUGCAGUAUUUCAGCUUCAUGACUUACUGCCUCAUCUCCAAGACGGAGAAACUCAUGUUCUCUGGCUACUUCAUGGACCUCUGGAACCUCUUCCAGCCGAAACUGUCAGAGCCCGCCAUUGCAACCAACCACAAUAAGCAGGCACUGCUGUCCUUCUGGUACAACGUUUGUGUGGAUUGUCCGGAGAACGUCCGGCUAGUGGUGCAGAACCCUGUGGUGACCAAAAACAUUGCCUUCAACUAUAUCUUGGCUGACCACGAUGACCAGGAGGUGGUGCUAUUCAACCGCGGCAUGCUCCCUGCCUACUACGGCAUCCUGCGCAUGUGCUGCGAGCAGUCGACUGCUUUCACCCGCCAACUAGCAUCACACCAAAACAUCCAAUGGGCCUUCAAGAACUUGACUCCACAUGCCAGCCAGUAUCCAGGGGCAGUGGAGGAACUGUUCAAUUUGAUGCAGCUGUUUGUGGCGCAGCGAGCUGAGAUGAGGGAAGAAGAAGUGGAGGACAUUAAACAAUUUAAGAAGACCACUAUUAGCUGCUACCUCCGCUGUCUGGAUGGGCGCUCCUGUUGGACCACACUUAUCAGUGCCUUCAGAGUUCUGCUGGAGAAUGAUGAGGACCGACUGUUGGUAGUCUUCAACAGAGGACUUAUCCUAAUGACUGAGUCCUUCAACACUCUGCACAUGAUGUACCAUGAGGCGACAGCAUGCCACGUCACUGGAGACUUGGUGGAGCUGCUCUCCAUCUUUCUUUCUGUCCUCAAAGCCACCAGGCCGUACCUGCAGCGCAAAGAUGUGAAACAGGCUCUGAUCCAGUGGCAGGAGAGGAUCGACUUUGCCCACAAGCUUCUCACUCUGCUGAACUCUUAUAGCCCACCUGAGCUCCGCAACGCCUGCUUGGAUGUGCUGAAGGAACUCGUUCUGCUGAGUCCACAUGACUUCCUGCACACUCUAGUCCCCUUCUUACAACACAACCACUGCACAUACCACCACAGCAAUAUCCCCAUGUCGUUUGGUCCUUACCUGCCAUGCAGAGAGAACCUCAAACUUAUGGGAGCCAAAAACAACAUCCGACCUCCAAGACCGGAGCUGAACAUGUGUCUGCUGCCUUCACUGGUGGAGAGCAGCAAGGGUAAAGAUGAGGUGUACGAUCGAAUGCUGCUGGAUUAUUUCCUGUCCUACCAUAAGUUCAUUCACUUGCUGUGUCGCGUUGCCAUCAACUGUGAGAAAUUCACAGAUACACUCGUCAAGCUAAGUGUGUUGAUAGCGUAUGAAGGACUUCCCCUCCAUCUUGCGCUUUUCCCCAAACUGUGGACAGAGCUCUGUCAGUCACAGUCUGUUAUGGCUAAAACGUGUGUGAAGCUGCUCUGUGAAGACCCAGCCUUCAGCGAGUACAUUAAAUGUAUCCUAAUGGACGAGAGGACCUUUCUGAACAACAAUGUGGCCUACACCUUCCUUAACUGCUUUUUGCACAAGGUCCAGGUUUUGUCUGGUCCCAGCUGCUCCAACCUCAUUGGUGUUUUGGUGACAAACCUGCUGAGUGAACGGAGCAGUCUGCAGCCUGAACUGGCAGCUCAUCGCCUGGAGCUUAACAAGACCAGCAGCCUGCUCAAUGCUGACCUGAGGGCAUUGAUGUUGCUGUUGUCUGUGCAGCCUUCUCAGGCCAUUGACCCAGCUUUCCUCCCAGCCCUGCAGGAGCUUCUGAGCUGCUGUCGUGCUUGUCUGCAGCAACGCAGCACUCUAGAGCUGGAGGCCAAAGACCACAAAUGCAAAGCUGAGGAUGAAGGGGCGACCCCGGUGAAGCGGCGGAGGGUGAGCGGUGAUGACGACAGAGCCGGAGAUGGAGGAGCCCAGCUCUACGCUGCCUCCACCUCCUCUUCAACUCUUCCGCCCUGCAGUGAUCCAAAGCCUGACCAACAGGAGGCGCUAACACCCACAAGCACCUCAGACACGGAAACACGAGAUUCCUCAUCACUGAUCGACCCAGGCACUGAGCAGGACCCGCCCUCUCCUGAUCCCAUGCCCACCUCCUCUAGAAAUCUGGACUCCUCUCCCAAAGAGGAAAAGAUGGAGGCCUCUUCGUCGUCAUCCUCCUCCUUUUCCUCCUCCUCCUCCUCCCUGCUGCAGGAGACGGGAGAGGGGUUUGUCCAGGGGGAGGAGCCUGAGCUGCAGCAACAUGUGGUGCCACGCGAGGAGACCGACGAGGUGGGAGAUCAACGGGAGGGGAGAAGGGAUGAGGCCGUGUCUACCUGCUCAGAGGAGGUGAAGGAAGAGAAGGAGAUGAGCUCUAAGACCAGCAGCAGCCCGGCCCCACCCCUUUCAGAGGAUGCUGCUUUCCCAUCAGGGCUGGUGGGGGAGGGUCCAGAUGGCUGUGGCAGCCACUCCUCCUCCUCACAGAUGUUCCAGAGCGUUGGCCCCCCACCUGACACGCUGGACAUGCUGUACAGGACAGUGGAAGCCACCAUUGCCAUUGUUACCAAACUGUCUAUUAAAGGCCAGCCCUCUUCAUGACAUCAUCAACUGACCACCGCCAUAUCUUGAAUUCCCUCCCCCCCUUUUUUUUCUCUGCUAUGGACGACUUCAGCUCAGAGGAAACAAACUUUCUCCUGUUCAUUAAGUUUCUUCUUCUUCUGCUGUUUUUGUGCUGCUGUUUGUUGCCUUCUGCCGAUGUUCAGUCGGACGCUUUCUCCAGCUUCAGCGGCUCCCGCCGCUCUUUUCGCAUUAUAAGAUUGCGACUCCACGCAGAGCCAACAUCUCCUUUGAGAAAUAAAGAAGAAAAGCAGAAAAAGUCGUACAGACUACAGCACAUUUUUUUUUAAAGGGUGGGUGGGUGAG